GGAAGCCAGCGCAGUCGAGGCGGCGCUAAAUUAAAUUAGCAUACUAACUAGCCGUGAGCCGAUGUGGACGGACGGGUGAACGUAGCUUCCUGAAGAAAUACACCUCUUCUAAAGUCAACACACCGCCGAGCCCGGGCUCAUUUUGUAGCGAGCUUGCUGCCGUCCGCCUGCCGAGGAGAUGGGGGACAAGGCGGGCACCAGAGUUUUCAAGAAGUCGAGCCCCAACUGUAAGGUCACGGUUUACCUGGGAAAGCGAGACUUUGUGGAUCACCUGGACCACGUGGACCCAGUAGAUGGAGUGAUCCUCGUCGACCCCGAGUACCUGAAGGACAGGAAAGUCUUCGUCACGCUGACCUGUGCGUUUCGUUAUGGCCGCGAGGACCUGGACGUGCUGGGUCUGUCUUUCAGGAAGGAUCUGUACAUCUCCACCUUCCAGGCCUUCCCUCCGGUGCCUGAGGAGCGGAAACCCAACAGCCGGCUGCAGGAGAGGCUGCUGAAGAAACUCGGCCAGCAUGCGCAUCCCUUCUACUUCACUAUUCCUCAGAACCUCCCCUGUUCAGUCACUUUACAGCCCGGCCCAGAGGACACCGGGAAGGCCUGCGGCGUUGACUUUGAGAUCAGAGCUUUCUGUGCCAAGUCGAUAGAAGAGAAGAUUCACAAGAGGAACUCUGUGCGUCUGGUGAUCAGGAAGGUUCAGUACGCUCCAGAGAAGCCCGGUCCUCAGCCGAUGGUGGAGACGACACGCAGCUUCCUGAUGUCUGACAGAUCUCUACACCUGGAGGCCUCUCUGGACAAGGAGCUGUAUUACCACGGAGAGCCCAUCAGCGUCAACGUUCACGUCACCAACAACUCCACCAAGACCGUCAAGAGAGUCAAGAUCUCCGUGCGUCAGUAUGCAGACAUCUGCCUGUUCAGUACUGCCCAGUAUAAAUGUCCAGUGGCCCAGCAGGAGGCAGAUGACCAGGUGUCGUCCAGCUCCACCUUCUGUAAGGUGUACACUCUGACCCCGACGCUCGACAAGAACAGAGAGAAGAGAGGACUCGCUCUGGACGGCAAGCUCAAACAUGAAGACACCAACCUGGCCUCCUCCACCAUUGUGAAGGACGUCACCAACAAGGAGGUUCUGGGGAUCCUGGUGUCCUACAGAGUCAAAGUCAAGCUGGUGGUUUCACGUGGAGGGCUGCUGCGAGGCAUGUUGAUGAGAGACGUGUCGGUGGAGCUGCCCUUCAUCUUAAUGCAUCCUAAACCCGUGGAGCCGCCGCAGUCCUGCCCGCAGUCAGCCGUGCCAGAGAUGGACCCCCCCAUCGACACCAAUUUGAUAGAAUUCGAAACAAACAGCAUCUCCCAGGACGACGACUUCGUCUUCGAGGACUUCGCCCGCCUGCGACUCAAAGGCGCCGUGGACGACAAGGACGAGGACUGCUAGGAGCUCGCCAACCUUCAUACGCUCGCUUCGAAACCACCUCACACACAGAAACACACACACACACACUCUUCACGUUACAUUCCCCCGGCGGAGGGGAUGGAUGAGGGCAUGUCUGGACGGAGGCCUCGCAGGGCGCUCGCUGGUGUUCUUCCUCUCUUGCUUCAGCCAUUUCGUCAUGUCGCCGCCGCCAUUUUUCACCGCCGUCUCUCUCUGUUUGUCUUUUUUUGCUGAAGAAACUAUAAAUGUUAAGCAGCUGCAGGACAGAUGUUGGCGGCGUGGAUCUGCUGUUUCUUCCUCUGUAGUCAGGACGUUCGGAUGUGUGGGCGGGGCUUGUGAAACACCGCGGCGGUUUGAGGAAACAAAAAAUAAACCCGCGUAGGAAGUUGAAGCUCUUUUACUUUGACCAUCACCGUCUUGUACAAACAAAAUAUAUAUUUGAAACAGAAAAGAGAAAAUAAAAUCUUGUACGAGCGGUCGGGAUGCGUGUUCGGUGGCGAGCGCCGUUGUUUUCUCCAAGUAAACGCUGUAGAUGCUUUUUGUUUUGUUUUUUUACAUCGCGGCUGGCAGCGGAGGAAACGCAGCAGUCUCACACAUCAGGCGGCUGAAGUUGGAUUUCACCAGCAUCUCCCGCUCUCGUCACGCUCCGUCGUCCUUUUUGUAAAAAAAAAAAACAAACAAAAAAAAACAUUCCAGCGUCGACGGAUUUGUUUCUGUUUUUUUUUCCCUGUCUGUCGCGUCCUCCUGAAGACGUAAAUCUGGUCACACCUCACGCUGUGGUUUUACUUUGCGAGGCUGACCCUGGAAGUCCGGAGCGUUUUGUGUUUGCGGGACAUUAUUUUUUAUUCCUGUCGGUUAAAAUAAAUCCUGUACGUGACGUGAGCGGAAUUUAAAAACUGUUAUGUCCCACGAAAAAGACCAACCGCCAACAACCUGUUUCACAUUUCAGGUGAAAGGUCGUGCCGGUGCAAAGCGAAGUCUUAUUAUAUGUUAGUCUUUUUAAAACAAAGGGAAGUAGUUUGUUAGUGUAACACAGAACAGAGGAAUAAGCUACAUCAGACUUCGACACCGACGCCACUCGUUUGAUCUGUGAGACUAAUCUAGCUCAGCAGGUGAAAUCACUCAUUUAAUUCUUCGUCGUCUUCACUUUGCUAACGAUGUUUCUGUCAGAUGGAGCCUCAGAGCUACAAAGAUGUCGACUUUCCUCCUCUUCUUCUUUUUAAAACGCCGACGCCUUUACGCCUGAGCACAAACUCGGAUCACGCUGGAAUCGUUUUUUUGUUGUUUUUUUUUUUGUUUUUUUUAAACUCUCGAGUCAUUUGGAUACAUUUUGAGAUUUGACCUCUGUUCUGAAACGCGGCGUCGCUCGAGUUGUUUCUUGAGUUGAGGUGCUUUAAAACGGACGCUGACCUCGAUCUGGCUCGUUAAAGGGAAACACUGGUGGUUUUUUAUAAUCCUCCUCCCACCAACUGACCCAGACGCUCUUUGAGCCGAUAUCCAUUCUUGAUCUCUCCGUUGCCAACAGGACGGUUUCUUUGCCAACCACUUUGUUGUUUUUGUUGUUGUUGAUUUUUGGGGCUAAAUACAACAGAAUUUGCAGCAUUUUCAUUUCGAUUUGUGACUUUUUGUGUUGCUCAGCAGUAAGUUGUAGAAAAAAGUAACUGCUGCUGUUUGAUCUUUCCAAAGAUUUUUAUAUUGGAGAUGAUUCCCAGGUUGUGUGCAGGACAGCAGACUGUAUUUAAAACAACUUAGUAAAUAAAAACACACUGUCAACCAUCUGAUUUAAAUUACUGUAUAAUAUUCAUAAUUCUUAUCCCAUCAGUUGACCCAAAUGCUUUUUCAGCCAGUGUAUAUAAAAUAAGCACAUUCCUGACCUCAUGACACUGUCUGGUAACUGCCUUCUUUUUUUUCAGUGAAUUUUUUGUGGCUAAAAACAGAAUUUGUGACUUUUUUUUUUUACUUUUAAAUUUAAAUUACAGAAAUCGUACUCAAAACCAAAUUCUUAGACAUAAUUUCACUGGUUUAAUGUCAAAAUGAGUUUAAUUUCAAAAAGAAGAGUAAACUGUAUUUAAACUUUUUUUUUUUUUUUAAACUGAAAAUAUCAGAAUCAUUUUAAGAUUUUCCUGUAAAAUUCAUAGUUUGUGCCCUGAAUUCUGACUGUCAGGCAGAGUAGCUGUUCACACGUGACCUAAAUAUGGAAUUGGAAAUCCUUCGGUCACGUGACCACAACUUAAACCAUCUCCAUGACAACUGAGCUACUCAAUCCAGCGAAGAAGGCCAUGAGAUGUUUGAAAGCCUCGGAAACGAUGAACAAAUUUUUUACUUGUGACUUAUGAAAAAAAUGUAACUGUUUUUUAGUUUUGUCUGCCUUUUAAUUUAUUCCUGAAACAUUACGCCUGUCACCCCUAAAAUUACGGUUUGUUUAUUGUCCUUGUUUUAUCCUAAAAUCGUUGGCUUUUAUUCAACUUUUUGUAGAAUUUUUUUAUCACUUGAGAUAUUUCGACUUAAUUCUUAAAAAUCUGAUUUUUUGUUUUCUCAUAUUGGCGCUAAUUCUCUUUAAGCUUGAUACCAUGUGACGUAGAAAUUACCAUGACAAGUUUCCUAAAAUGUUACAACUUUAUUCUCAAUAAUUGAACUUUAUUGCUGCAAUAUCACAACUUUUUUCCCUCAAAAAUACUAUUUUAUUGUCAAUGUUUUUGUCAUAAAAUUAUGACCAAAUUAACAAUCUUAAAUCUUUGAGGUUUAACUUGUAAUUCUGUGAGAUUUAAGUCACAAUAAUAAACCCCGCCCUCCUCCUCAUUUAUGGUCAACGGAUAAAACGUAGAAAAGACCACAUUUCCAUAAUAUUAAGACUUCACCACUAUAUUCUUAAAAUUUGACUUUAUUUCAGUGCCAUUAACCUUUUUCCUUUUGAGGUGUAUCAAACUAAUUAGUACAAAUAACCAGUUAAUCUUGUAAUAUUAUGAUCAAAAUUACUAUUUUAUAGUCAAUGGUUGGCUUUUUAUAUAUAUAAUUCUGACAAGUCAUUGAGAUUUAGAUUUAAGUCACAGUAACGCCGCCCUCCUCCUCCUCUUAAGGUCAACGCCAUGUGACAAAAUGGCACAAAUAACUUAAGUUACUUUGUGAUUUUUUUUUCCCCCCUGAAAUUACUGUUUUAUUCUCAAUGUUUGGCCUUUUUUCUCAUAAAAUUGUGACAAUUCGACUUAUAUCUUGAGAUUUAAGUCACAAUAAGUGUUUUUAACUCUAAAAAAAAAAAUCUGGUCAUUUAUACUGUUUUGUACGAGGAAAGAAAAGUUAUUCUUGUAACUUUAUGUAUUUAUUCCUGAAAUAUUGCAGUUUUUUCUCAGUGUUUUGCCUUUUUGUUGUAAAAUUCUCAAUUAACAACUUAAAUCUUUGUUGUUUCGAGAACAAAGUUAUGACGCGUGAGAUUCUGUUUUUGCUAUUUUCGGCCGAUUAAUUUCGGUGGCCGAACAUUCGGUUCAUCCUCACUAACCAGUUAACUUUUUCUCAAAACUACUUUUCCUCAAUGUUUAGUCUGUUUUUCUCAUAAAAUUGUGACAAAUGACAAGAAUUUAGCAAUUACGACUUAAAUCUUUGGGAUUUAGUCGUAGUGUUUUUGAGAACGAAGUUGUGCUGUUGUGAGAUUUAAGUCUCAAUAAUUAUCCUGUUUUUGAGUUCGAUGCCACGUGACAAACACAAAGUGCCAGGAAAAACUUUCCAGCCACUGAAAUCAGUAAAAUGAUUUAAAAUAAAUCGCACCAGUGUUUCCCUUCACAUCUUCUCCCGACCGACAUCCGUAUUUUAAAAAAUGUUAUUUGCAUUAUUCAAACUCAAAGCUCGGGUGUUCGCUCCUCUGCUUCCACUCUUUACGCUGCUUUCCAACAUCCGUCACACGGCAUCGGCGACUUCGAAUUUGUGUCUUUAAAAUGAAGUUUUGUUUUAUUUUGUCCAGAAAACCUGCACAGAUCAACAUUUCACACGACACACAGGAGCACUGCACUUUCAUCGGACAACACAAACCUGCGCACGUCAUCGUUUCAUUUUUGCUUACAGACGAAGAAGAAUGUUUUGUUUGUUUUUAAAGUCGUGGCCAUUUUUAGAAAUUGUUCGUUGUGUUUUUCGACAAAGUUUCGAGUUUCACACAAACCAGCAAACUUUUAUUUUAUUUUACUAAAACUGCCAAAAUUCCUGCACUUCCUCUUUCGCUCAGUCAUUGAAGCUGCGACCCUGAAGAAGAAGAAGAAGAAGAAGAAGAAGAAGCCGACACGGAGCAUGUUUUAAAUUUUUUAUUUAAUUACAUUUUGUUUCUCCUCCAAAGCAGUGCUGUGAAUCGUACGAGCUGUGAUUCUGUCCUUAUUUUGUCGUGCAUAUGUGGGGUAACUCUGCUAAGUGUGAAAAUAUUUGGACAAGUGCCACGCCCUGGCCUGUGCGAUGCUUACCAUAAUGUCUAUAAAACAUGAAGUGAUUUCUGCUGGUGGGACGAACACCAGAAAAGAGAGAAUUAUGAUUAUUAUGCUUCUGAUUAUUAUUAUUAUUAUUAUUAUGGUGACUUAUUAUCACUUCUACUGUAUCAUUGCGACCAUGAUUAUUCUCAUAAUCAUUUAAGAGUCUAUUAUUUUGCCAUGUAUUUUUUUUUUGAGAUUUUUAUUUUAGGUUUCUUUUUAUUAUUAAAGGCAAAAUGAACUAACA